AGCAACUAGCUGACUUCACUAGCAACGAAGACGCUUCAGGAAGAACGGACCCAUUGUUGGCUUGUUUUAGUUUCUUUCGAUGUCAUGGAUGCGACAGCCAAGCCCCUGCGAAUCCCUCCUGAAAUGCGCAUCUAUGCAGAGCAGCACGGCCUCUUCGAUUUGAUGCAGGCGAUGGUGAAAAGACUGCUGGUGGACAAGCCAGAGGACCCCAUAGACUACCUGAUCGAUCUCUUGAAGAACAACAGUAUUGAAGUUCCAAGGAUUUUCGUGUUGGGUCCGCCAGCUUCUGGGAAAAGGACAGUGGUGAAGCAGCUUUGCAAGCACCUCGGAGCCACCCGCAUCAGCAUGGAGAGCUUGCUGAUGGAGGAGAGUGACCUGGUCAAGGAAGCCUUGGAGUACAAAACAAAUGAACAGGAGAUUCCCAGCAUGCUGUGGAUCAACCUGGUCCAGGAGCGCCUGUCAAAAAAGGAUUGCAUCAAACGGGGCUGGGUUUUCGAAGGUUUUCCCAAGACCCGUGAGCAGGCUUUCCAACUGCAGGCAGCAGGCGUAGCGCCAGAGCAUGUGGUGCUGCUCGAUGCCCCAGACACAGUCCUGAUUGAGAGGAACCUGGGGAAGAGGAUUGAUCCCGUCACUGGAGAUGUGUACCACACCUCCUUCAACUGGCCCAGCAGUGACCAUGUGGAGAAGCGGCUGGUGGAGGCGUCUGGGAUCUGGGAGUCUGAGACAGUCGCCCGUCUGCUGGAGUACCAGAGGCACCGCAAAGGACUGGAGAGCACCUACAGCACUGUCUCCAGAGUCAUCAACGCAGACCAGCCCAGCAUCGACGUCUUCUCACAGGUCCUCACCUUUGUCCUGAGCCGGCAUCGAUCCGUAGCCCCGCACACUCCACGGAUCCUCCUGCACGGACCCCCAGCCAGUGGGAAGAGUCUCCAGGCAGCACUAAUAGCUCAGAAAUACAACAUUGUUAACAUUUGCUGUGGGCAGGUUCUGAAGGCAGUGGCAGCAGAUGAAACAAGCCAGGGAGAGCUCAUUAAGCCCUGCCUGGAAACCGGACAACAAGUGCCUGACAGCGUGGUGCUGAAGAUCCUGACUGAGAGCCUCAGUAGGCUGGACUGCACCACCCGCGGCUGGGUCCUGCAUGGCUGCCCUCGCAACCUGGAGCAGGCAGAGAAGCUCAACAGUGCCGGCUUCACACCAAACAGAGUGUUUUUCUUGGAUAUGCCUGACGAGGUCGCUGUGGAGAGGGUGACGUUCAGAAUGACUGACCCCGUCACAGGCCAAAGGUACCACUCCUUGUACAAGGCAGCCCCCAGCCAGCAGAUCCAGGAGAGGCUGCAGAUGAACCCGCGGGACUCAGCUGAGAGGCUGCAGCGGCGUCUGGACCGGUACCGAACCAACCUCCCGGAGCUGCAGGAGCUGUACAGCGACGCCGUCUACGUCAACGCUGACCAGGACCCCCACGCCAUCUUCGAGCUGCUGGAGAGCCACAUUGUUAACCGGCUUCCCAGGCCCAUCUCCCACAGGUGGACUGCGAGCUCCUCGGACUGAGCCGGGCGUAGGGACAGACAGGGAGAGGACACACACACACACACACACACACACACACACACAGGGCUUUUACUCCAUUCCUAUAUGGUCUGUUUGCUACAGUAAGGCUGUUUCAUGCAAAACACUUAAUUGCUUUUUUCUUGCUAUUAGUAUUUCACAAAAUUUGAGUUAAUUUGCAAGUACUUUGGAAUUCCAGGCACUGCUUGUAAACCGUUUCUCCUGUCAGUUUUUUUUUCUUUCAUUAAAUUUUUUAUUUUAGAACGACAGAAAUGUACUUUUUUUUUUAAAAUCUAUAUGGUAAGCUACUCUUGCAGCGAAUAAACAAAAUGUAUCAAACAUGGAUUUCGUUUUUUUGUACAAAAGUGGCAAAAGCACAUCCGACCUUUUCUGUCAACUCUAGCAAGUCUCUGCGGAGGCACUGUUGGAUCAAGCAUGUCCAGGACAGCCCUAACUCCCACAGGACAGCAGCUCUGCCACUGCCUUUACUGCUCUGCUCAUGCAUUUCAACCACUUCCACACCUACACUAACGUUAGCCUGCUUUCUGCCUGCCUAGCUAUUCCCCUAUUCACCAGAACAGAACCCUGGUUAAUUAGAAGUUUGUUUAAUUAAUGUAGCAGUAAAAUGCAGGCUGCUCCUGCCCUGUUGUGGGUAUGUAUUAGUUCCACCCCAGUGGUCUCAUCGACACUGCAGGAGCCCCACUCUGCUACACGCAGCCGCGGGUCAGUGGCCAUCUCCCACUGGGCCUGGAGAGUUGAGUGUAAUGGUUAGAGCAUCGUGUUAACAGCCUUGUUCAACUCCCCUUAGCCUACAACCCACUUAAUUACUGCAAAUGAGUGACAGGAUAUG